AUGAUACGUCCGGACGAGGCGAGCGCAGAGGCACCAAGCCAAAAUGGUAAUGGCACAACCAUACCCUUUACCGGUUCGAAUGGUGCUGAUAUAGAACAGGCCUGGAGAACCCAUGCGGCUCGUCUCAACAAUGUGGGGGGUUUACUCUUUCAGAAAGGAGGAGAUUUGCUGCUUCCAGCCAUGCAGUUUCUACAAGAAGGAGUCCAAGCCAUGAUGGCUCUGGAAAACCCAAAUGCAACAAUCACGGCGCCCCCCGCACAGGAACGAGCCGUUCAAGUUCAAGGUCAACUGGAAUUGCUGUUGCAAGAACGUCGGCGAAUGCAACAAGAAAUUAUCAAAGAGCAAGACCGAAAGCUUCCGGCUCGAAAGGGAGAAUCUUCUGAUGAGGACAAGAAACCAUCCGCCAAUAUUGCUGGGUCCUCCGAUACUACCUCCACCGAAACUGCACCGCAAGAAACACCGAGGUUAGAGCCAGAACGCAGCACCGCCGGAAACGAAAUCCCCCAAAAGACGCCCGACAAUCUGAAGAAAGCUGCUUCCACUCGACCUAACGGAACCGAAUUGACGACCCGGCAAUUGGAACCGGGCGCUUGCCAAUCAUCGCUGCAGAAUGGGAAAAAUGGCAAGCACUGUUGUAAGGAUAGAAAGCGGCCGGCAAUUGACAAAGCCGCUGAUGUGACCUCGGCUGACGAGCAUGUCAGUGAAAAUCCCUCCGCAAACAGUAGUAAUAGCCGCCCUGAAAUCGAAGAAGGCAGCAGCAGCUCACAGCUACAAAAACAAAACGUGGCCCAACACCACAGCGACAAUUCUAAAACUGAGCCUUCCAAGACUACAACCUCAGCUCGCAAUCCUGUCGCGGAGACCUCCGUGGCGAGGGCACCGUCUACUGAGAAAGAAACAAAAACAAUAGGUCGGGCUUCUCUGCCAUCUGCCAGCGAGUCACAGGAGGAAAUACGAAGACGAAAGAGAAUCAACAGCAUUUUGAGCCAAUUUGAUGCGGAAUCCACCGGGUCCGUGAAAGAUGCUUCUAGCGUACUCCUCGACAAUACACUCGACGAGGAAACAACCGUGCUCGAACACACCAACUUUUUGCUACAAGGAAUCCCUGGAUUGUUCCCCAUGACGUCCAAAAUGAGAGGAGCCGAAAAGAAAAACGAAAAUUCAAUACUGGUCUUUUCCGAACCGUUUUUGGUAGACGUUGAUGCCGCUGCGGAUGGCAAUGGAAAAAUUCGAGACAAGGUGCCACUUCGAGAGGGACCCGACGCAGGGGCUUUUUGCGUGCCGUUGGACCAAUGCUCGCGAGCAUGUCUAUUCAACAUGGGCCUUGUACACUAUCAGUGGAAUUCGGCGGAUUCAGCAAUUCAGUUCUUUGAACUGUCCCUGUCGUUGGCGCCGCAGCAACCGUCUCUUCUGACGUUUGACCCUCUGGCACUAGCAUGCAUCAACAAUGUUGGUCAGAUACUGUUACAACUGAAGGGAAAGAUGACAGAAGCCAAAGGGAUGUUCUCGGACGCACUCUCGAGGGGAAACUCGGCGCUAGUGGAGUUGUAUCGAAACGAGGGGGAAAACAGAAGUUUUCGACAAUCACCAGAGCUUGCCGAGGCUCACAAACUUACGAGCCGGCUGCUAAGGCGCUUUCUGGUUCGCUCUUUGAUGAACAUGGGGUUUGUUCAUUUUUUCAAUUGUGAUUAUGAACUGGCUACACGAACGUGCUUGGAUGCAAUGAGGCUGUUGAGACCGAACAUGUUGGAAGUGGACGCUGCAGCAUUGUGGUACAACAUUUCGAUGUCACACCAUCAUCAAAAUGAACUCCACGAAGCUCUCGUCUAUCUCGACAAGUUUCUCGAUGUUGCAGUUUCGUAUUUGGGGGUGUUGCACUUGCAAGUUGCAACGGCACUGCAUCGGAAAGGUUUCAUUUGUUAUGAGAUGGGAAACCUGUAUGACUCGACCAAACCAAUGCUUCAGGCACUCCGAAUCAGAAAACGACACUUUGGAAAUGUACAUCCCUUGGUGGCUGAUUCCCUUUGCUUGCUGGGCAAGAUAUACCUUGAUCGAGAGGAGUUUCGCUUUGCGCAGAAUGCACUUCUUCAGGCCCUGUCAGUCCUGAGGUCGCUGAAUGAAGAUGAUCACCUGUGCUUGGACAUUGCACAAACCCUGAUUGAUUUAGGCAGGGCAUGCCACUCCCAGGGACAGAUUGAUGAGUCGCUCAAGGCGUACCUAGAGGCCGUAUCGCUGACCAAAAAAAUGUUUGGGGAGCGGCAUGCCUACGUGGCUAGGAUGAAGAAUGUCGUGGGCAAUCUUUUCCUGGAGCAGGGUGAAGUGAAUCAGGCAGUGGAAUUCUUCGCGCGAUCUAUGCGAAUUCAGGUGGGAGAGGGUCGUCCCGUUGACUACAACAUUGUUCAGAAUCCACACGUCCGGGUGAAGUUCUCUCAUUGCCCUACUUCGGCGAGUGCUUGA